GCUAAGAUUGGAGUGAUUCUUAGAGAGAGAGAGAGAGAGAAAAAAAAGGAGAUGCAGUAAAGUAUCCAUAAAAAAGAAGCCAAAAUGGGAGUUUGGAAGCAGGGAGUCGGCUGAGGGGAGGUGAUGAUUUUUUGACAGUGGCUCAAAGGUUAUGGCUUCUGGUAAGGAACACAUGCCCCCUCUCUCCCUUCCUCCUUCAAAGCUAUUUAAACUCCUUCAACCCCUCCCCUUCUUCCUCACUCCAAUCCCAUCCAUCUUAUUCACUUCUGCUCUCUCUCUCUCUCUUAACUCACUUUGUUUGCUUCUCUCUGUGAGCUACCAAGCAACCAAGACCAAAGAAAGCCUUCCCCUUCUUCUCUCAACCUCUCCAAUCCAAGACUGAUCAAAGCAAGAACACCUACAUCACCUAAGCUCUCUCUCUUUCUCUGCUACCAAUCGAAACCGACACUCCAAGCUCCAAAAGGAUCCUACUUUCUCUGUCCCUCGAUCGUUCUCCUGUAAAAGCCAAUCAAAACAGCGAUACCAAUCUCAUAUUUUAGAGUACCAUCUUAGUUUCUCUCUCUAAAACACCCUGUUCCUACCUAAACAGACGACAGAAACAAGAAGAGAGGAUGGUGCGCAUGCCUGACCAUUUUCAGCCGCUGUUCGCCCGUCGCUCAGUAUGGGUGAACGGGCCGGUGAUAGUAGGUGCCGGGCCGGCGGGGCUGGCGACUGGGGCGUGCCUGAAGCAGCAAGGCGUGCCGUUCGUGAUGCUGGAGAAGGCGGACUGCAUCGCCUCCCUGUGGCAGCGCCGCACGUACGACCGCCUGAAGCUGCACCUCCCCAAGCGCUUCUGCGAGCUCCCUCGCAUGCCCUUCCCGCCUCACUACCCUCAGUACCCUUCCAAGCGGCAAUUCGUCGAAUACUUGGAGAACUACGCCAACGAGUUCGGCAUCACCCCCAACUUCAACACCUGGGUCCAGUCCGCAGUCUACGACGCCACCUGCGGCAUCUGGCGAGUCAGGACCUGUCACGUGCAGGGCGGUGCCGCCAACGGUGGCGGAGAGGUGGAGUACAUAUGCAAGUGGCUGGUGGUUGCCACCGGCGAGAACGCCGAGAAGGUGGUGCCGGAGAUCGAUGGGUUGAAUGAGAAUUUCGGCGGCAAGGUGAUACACGCCUGUGAGUACAAGAGCGGUGAGGAAUACAGGGGCAAGAAAGUGUUGGUGGUCGGCUGCGGCAACUCCGGCAUGGAAAUGAGCCUGGAUUUGUGUGAUUUUGACGCGAAGCCGUCGAUGGUCGUUAGGAACUCGGUGCAUGUUCUACCGAAGGAAAUAUUUGGAAUAUCCACGUACGUAGUGGCCGCCUUCCUGCUCAGGUGGCUGCCAGUCUGGUUGGUGGACAAGCUCUUGCUGAUCUGUGCGUGGUUGGAGCUCGGAAGCAUUCAGAAGUAUGGCAUCAAACGCCCUGCGAUGGGUCCUCUGUAUCUAAAGAACACAUUGGGAAGGACCCCCGUUUUGGACAUUGGUGCUCUAGAGAAGAUCAGGUCCGGAGACAUCAGGGUUGUUCCAGGCAUAAAAAGGUUUCUGCCUGGGAAGGUGGAGUUUGUCAAUGGCGAGACUCUUGAUAUAGAUGCUGUCAUACUAGCCACGGGCUACAAGAGCAAUGUCCCCUACUGGCUAAGGGAAUCUGAUUUCUUCUCCAAAACUGGGUUUCCAAAGACACCAUUCCCAAAUGGCUGGAAAGGGAAAUCUGGGCUGUAUGCUGUUGGGUUCACAAAGAGGGGGCUGUCGGGUGCCUCAAUAGAUGCAGUUAAAACAGCACAAGACAUUGCCAAGAUGUGGAAAGAAGAAACAAAGCAGACAAAACAGUUCAUGCCUCGCCAUAGAAGAUGCAUAUCUCAGUUCUGAGAUCAUUCAUCAGCCUCUGUUAUUUUGCCUUUCGGGUUAACAACAAAGAUAUGGUCUGAGACUGAGUGUACAUUAAAUAUGUAUCUAAAAAAAAAAAGAAAAAAAGAACGAGGUACAGAAACAGCAGCCCGGCCAUUGACGUUCAAGUUUUGAUAGUAAUGUGUCUUCCUGUGUUCUUUGUUUUGUGUUCACAAGUAGAAAGAUGUACAGAUUUGGGAGAGAAAAGUAUGCAACAAAGAGGCGUGACUCGCUCUCUUUUCUUU